AUCACAAAAGAGUUGCAGCCACGAGUAAGUUGGAAGACCCAUGGUAGGGCCCCUCGAGAAGUUCACACAGUGUCAAAAGUAUACACCGAUGUAUCGACAGGAAAAGACUGCCAGAAAGAGUAUACGAGCUGUCAUUCCCUCCCACUCUCUUCCCGCGAUCGACGAUUGACUGAACGAACCACCGAACGAACCACCGAACGAACUAUUGAAUGUCAGUCAACACCUUCACAACAACAUUACACUUGCAGAAUGCGGCUUUCUUGCUAGCCCUAUCCGAUUGCGAGAACGACCGUCCACCGAAUUGGUACUUCACACUCACGCGCGACGACAGUCGCUUUCGCCUCACUGUUGCCGAAAACGCAUACCCUCACGCAUACCCGCACGCAUACCCUCACGCAUACCCGCACGCAUACCCUCACGCAUACCCGCACGCAUACCCGCUCGAAUACUCGCUUAUCAUAUCUGGAACACUACAAAACCCCACAGUACACAUGAAUCGUAGGAGAAGAAGCAGCAGGGCAGGUUGCCAUAAUUGAAGUGAGGGGGCAGUAAUCUCGCAAUCACAACGGUUUGCGUGGAGAGUCAUAAUGACAGAAUUACGCUGCGUGAUCUGAAACUACAAGUCACAUUGCAAGGGAUUGAGAGUCCCAUGCUACAACUCCUGCUGAGGUUUACAAGACUUUCUUGGCACCUUUCUUCGCGUUAGACGUAGCGCAAGAUUGUGAUAGGGACACGCACGCUUCACGCUUCUGGGAGCAAAAAGCUGUGGUCACUAUGGCCCGCAGCUCUGAUUACAUCAAGGAUAACGUUCGCCAUUGUCUCGGAAGCCGUGUGGACUCUAUCACGCAAGGAGCGGGUUGAGGGCUAUGACGGAAACAAUCCUCUUGUGAGUUCGAGGCCGUGGCGAUCGAUGGGAUUGGGGCACAACUGGUGGCCAUAGUGUUGCCCGCGGCCAUCAAGUCCUCUACUCCAAGAUACACAAAUUGCUCCCUGAUAUGUGCCUGCCCUUUCAUUCCGUCCAUUGAUCAUCUUCCGCCCCUCGUUGUUCGUGUUGCUUCGAAACAGUGGAUGAUCAAUCCCUGCAAGGUCUGCCGGUUGU